AUGGCAUCAGAAGCAGCCGACUUGCAAGAUGAGAUUGAUCAACUACAGUCUCGUCUGAAAGAGGCACGAGCACGAUUAAAGUCGUUGGAUGCCAGCACAGUCAAGCACCAUGACAUUCCUGACUCCCUCGGUUCCCCAACCCACUUCCUCCUCCUCCUCUCCGACUCAGCCCUCCCCCUAGGCUCCUUCGCCUUCAGCAGCGGCCUAGAAUCGUACCUGGCUCACAGCCGCGGCGGCGUCCCAGGCCGCGCAGCAGGCAGCAUGUCCAGCUUCCUCCCGUCGUCGGUGUCGUCGCUCGCGUCGACGACGCUGCCCUUCGUCCUGGCUGCGCACCGCGACCCCACUCGCCUGGCCGACCUGGAUGACGAGCUCGACGCGGCCAUCAUGUGUGCGGUUGGACGGAGGGCGAGCGUGGCACAGGGUCGUGCCCUCCUGAGUAUAUGGGAGAGGUCGUUCCGUUCGUCGUCAUCGUCGCCGACGGCCAUGACGCCGGUCUCGGGCUCAGCAGCAGAGUGGGCUGAUACGCUGCGCGACUUUUCUGCCCUGCUGCGGAGUGCCUCUUCGUCCUCCGCUGCCGACAGGAGAGACGGGGGGGGGGCCGAUGACGAGACCUUGCUGCUGCUCCCCGCUGCGUCGGCCCACCUCGCGCCGCUAUUCGGCGCCCUGUGCCGCGUGCUGGGCCUCGGCCUCAGACAGACGGCUUAUAUCUUUGUGUUGGGCCACGUCAAGGCUCUCUUGUCGGCGGCCGUGCGGGCCAGUAUGUUUGGCCCGUAUCAGGCCCAGAAGGUGCUGGCGGGCGAGCAGGUGCAGCGCAUGAUUGACGUCGUCAUCGAGAGGGAGUGGUUUACGCCCGUUGAGGAGGCUGGGCAGACGGUGCCCGUGCUGGAUCUGUGGAUUGGCAGGCACGAGCUUCUUUACUCGAGGAUAUUUAAUAGUUGA